AUGAUGAAUCCGACCAAAUCCCACCACGAAUCCACCGUCAUCAAAUACGCAAUCCGAUCCAGACUCCUAGUCCUCUCUCUCAUCAUCCUAUGGCGCACCCUCCUCACCCCGUACGACACCUCCGCUCCCCUCAACCCCACUUGUCUCUCACAACAACAACAUCCUAACGUUGUUGCUGACGAUGAUCAACACGUCAUCCUCGUACCUCGUCUCGCCUCGGCUAUCGAGUCCAGCAUUGUCUGGGACAGCGUCUACUUUGUUAGGAUCGCACAAUGUGGUUACGAGUACGAACAGUCCUAUGCUUUCUUCCCUCUCCUCCCUAUCUGCAUUUCAUGGUUGUCUCGCAAAGUUUUGGCGCCGUUGAUUCCGGUGAUUGGGCAUAGAGCUGUGUUGGGGUUAUCAGGCUAUGUGAUCAACAACGUUGGAUUUGUGUUCGCGGCUCUUUAUUUGUAUAGGCUCUCAGUUAUCAUUUUGAAGGACCAGGAAGCAGCAUUGAGGGCUUCAAUUCUGUUUUGCUUCAAUCCAGCUUCCAUAUUUUAUUCAUCAAUAUACUCAGAGACUUUGUUCGCCCUAUUUUCACUUGGAGGAUUGUACCAUCUGAUGUCCGGAAAGAAUACUAUUGCUGUUCUUUGGCUUGCCCUCUCUGGAUUUUCAAGGUCCAAUGGAAUGCUUAAUGCUGGUUAUUUCUGUUUUCAGACUAUGCAUCAGGCUUACGAUGCUGUUUUCUUGAGAAAGCGUGCUUUUUUGGCAAUGCAGGUUCUUGUUGGUGGAGCUCUCCGUUGUAUAUGUAUUUUUGUUCCAUUUGUUGCAUUUCAGUCAUAUGGAUACCACAAUAUCUGUCUUGGACAUUUUCCAAAUGAAACGAGCCCCUGGUGCAAAGCAAGAGUGCCUAUGCUCUAUAAUUAUAUUCAAAAUCAUUACUGGGGGGUUGGUUUUCUGAAAUACUUCCAAGUUAAACAGUUGCCAAACUUUCUACUGGCAUCGCCAAUAUUGUCAUUGGCACUCUGCUCAAUUGUCCAUUAUGCAAAGUCAAAUCCCAAGAACUUCUACUCUUUAGGUUUCCAUGCUCCCACUGAGGACAAAAGCUCUGCUGCUGUGCUGUUUACUUUGAGUCGUGAAAAUCGCAAUCUCAAAGCAAAAAAGCAAGUGAUCAAAGAUCCAGAAGAAUCAAUGUUAUCAGCAACUCGAGGAUACUCUUCUGUUGCUGCUCUCCCUUAUAUAUUUCAUUUGGGAUUUAUGGCAGCCACCACUUUUUUUGUCAUGCAUGUGCAGGUUGCUACUCGCUUCCUAUCUUUCAGCCCUCCUCUCUAUUGGUUCGCUUCAUAUAUAAUGAAAUCUCCUGGUACUUAUAAGAGAUGGGGAUAUGUGAUCUGGGCAUACUCUGCUGCAUACAUUCUUCUCGGAAGUUUACUCUUUUCGAACUUCUAUCCUUUCACUUGAUAAUGUCUGGCAGUCCUCAAAACCGAAAGCUUUUCCCUUGGUGGGUUUGUGCCUCGUUUCCUGCCCCAGAUUGUGCUCGCAUGCUGUAGGACCUAACUACUUUGUUGGAGAUAGGUUUGUGUCGGAAAAGCUUCACUGGUUACUCCUCGCUGUUGAUCAACCCAAAUGGUGUUGUAGUAGAGUUAGUAGGUAGGAUUUGGUACCCUGUUCUUCUUUUUAAACUAAUGUAAAGCAAUUUUCAUUCCUUUUACCCACUUUUACCACGGAAUAUGAAUGUCGAGGCAAUUACUUUAGAGAAAAUGCCCACUAGAAAGCCACUACUAAUGCUACUAUU